AUGGAAACUGGACCACAAGAUUCUAUACCAGAUCGUCCACCUCCGUUGCGUCGGUCUACACGUAUACAAAAAAGAGAUGAGAAAAGAAGAUACGAGGAGUUGGAACGCAAAGAAAUGGAAUCAAGAAAAUCAAUAAUGUCAAUACCAUCAUCAUCAUCAUCUACAUUUGGAUUAUUACAAUAUUUUUUUAAACUUCUUGAAGAAUAUCAGAAUGGUGGUAUAAUGUCACAAUCUAAUUUUAAAAAAGAAACGCUGGAAUUAAUUUCAACUUUUCACAACUCUGCAUUAAAAAUGAAUGAUACAGAGUUUUUCCAACAUUUAUUAAAUCAGUAUCAUCCAAAUGGAAACAUAAGGAAUGAAAAAUCAAUUAAUAACCAUCAUCAAAAAAAUAAGGAUAAAAAUAAUGAAGAGAAAAAAGACAAUUUAGCUUUGGAUUUGGUUGAUGAUAUGUUAAAAGAAGUCAGUGAUUCUGCUGAUAAUAUUGAAGAAAAAAUGAAUAAUAAUAAAUUUGUUGACAAUCCAAAGGUGCAUGGAUCUCUUGAAACUGUUGUUAGAUUAGAAAAAGAUGAGGAAGAUUUCUUUUUAAAUAAUAAUGAGCAAGAAGGUGAUUCACCUGAUAAUGAUGAAACACAUCACAAGUUGGUUGGGUUAGUCGAUAGUGACAAUAAUGAAUACAUUCUUACUAGACCCCAUGAUUUAACUGUUUUUUAUGAAGAUGCACGACUUUUACAAGAUAUAGUUGUUACAAUAGUUUUAUCUUUUGUAUUUGGUUCAAUUUCACAUAGUAUUGGAUUACCAGCAUUUUUGGGUUAUAUUGUUGCUGGAUGUUUACUUGGACCUGCAGGAUACAACGUAAUCCAGAAAAAUUGUGAUACAAAAUUAAAAAUCACACCCUCUUGUUUUCAAAUGGGAAAAAGUAACAUUGUUAAUCUUAAAUGUCCAAAUUAA